CUAGUUCAGUUCUAGUUCAGUUCUAGUUCAGUUCUAGUUCAGUUCUAGUUCAGUUCUAGUUCAGUUCUAGUUCAGUUCUAGUUCAGUUCUAGUUCAGUUUUAGUUCUAGUUCUAAAUUAAUGUGUAGUUUCCAGAUAACGUGCGAGUACUUUGAGUAAAAUUUUUAAAUGUAUUUUGUUUUUGUUACAAUAACAAAAUACAAAUGAAAUUUUAACUCAAAAUGCUCGCAUGCUAUCUAGAAACAGCACCUAAGACUUUUUCUCUCGGCUAUAUUCCAUAUUAAUCGAAACUACAAGUGUUUGCCUAUUAUAGCGAUUGCCUUAAUUCACUGAAAUUAACAAAUUGUCUUGAAAUACAAAUGAAACACCCAAAAGUGUAAUAGCUAAUAAUGGGAAUUACAACACUUGUGCACUUUGACAAUUAAGAUAAACCAUCUAAAGAAUAAUUAAAAUACAAAACUAUGGUAACAGAAAACAUUUAUAAACGUUUAGACUAAGCGACAUAAACUACAGUCAAAAGAGAACCAUUUAGAGGAACUAAACCAGAGCUAAGUACCGGUGAAAGUGUUUUAAAAAAGGAAACGGAAAAUGAUGCGUGUACGUGAUGUGGUUGAGGAAUAUUUACAAAAUUCCACAUUACAUGGAGCACGCUUUAUAGUGGAUAAAGAGUUAACCUGGUUGGAAAAGACAUUUUGGGGUUUAUGUCUGUUGGCUUCCUGGUUUGCAUCGUGGAAUUUAAUUAAAGUGUCAUUGGCUGCUUUUGAAAAUAAUGCAAUUAGCUUCGGUGUAGAAUCCAGCUAUCGCGAUUGGGAGACAAAUUUCCCGGCCAUAGUAGUGUGUGAAUCCAAAAAUAUGGAUAGAAUACAAGAGGUGGCGGAGCAACUUUGGGGUGCUGACCACGAUUUCACUUUAGAAGAAGUUCUAAGUGAAAUUGCUUUCUUUCGUGGCGAAUCGUAUCACACAGUGCACGAAUGUGGUGGUGAGGAACCAUCGGAAAAUUGUUUCUAUUCGAAUUUCUCCUACUAUGCUCAAUUGGUUCGUAGCAGUUGCGAGAAUACUAUUAAGAAUUGUUUGUGGAAUAAUAAACCUUUUGAGUGCUGUAAAUAUUUUCAACGUAUGGAAACCGAAUUGGGUCUCUGUUAUGCCAUAAAUUCUUUGCAGGCAGGAAAGAAUAAUGGUCCCAAGUUGAGUAUGUGGUCGAAUAGGUAUACGGGACCAGGUGCACUGCGAAUGGAUAUUUAUACGGAGGCUGUGGUUUUUAUUUUGGGCGAAGAGGAAGUACCCACUUUGGUUACACCCAAAACAGAUUAUUUAGUAGUGGGUCCCUACAUCUCUUUUGUACGUCACAUUUCCAAAAGGGACAUUCAAAAUGAUGAACAAAUUCGUGAGACCAGUGUAGCACAGCGGAAUUGUCGUUUUAACGAUGAAAAUAAUUUAGAUGUACAUCGCUAUUAUAGCUAUAGUGCCUGUACCGUUCAAUGUCGCAAGGAUAAACAAUUAGAAUUGUGUAAUUGUUCCAGUCAUCUAUCACCGAAUACACCCAGUUGGCAGAAAUGCAAUAUGGAUGGUUUGGAGUGCCUCAAUCGUAACUAUGAAGAUUUAUCGGUUAUUAUAGCGAAAUGGUCUAAGGGUCGUAAAGGUUUGGUGUGUGAUUGUUUGCCUUCAUGUACUGAGGUGGAUAUUACUACAGUGGUGGAUAGUAAAGAGAACAUCUAUAAUCAAAAUCCUGUAUCAAAAGUAGAAAUUGCUUUGGUGGAAUUACCUACCGAACGUUAUAAACGUAAUGUGGUUAGAGGCAAAUUGGAUUUAGUGGUAUCCAUUGGUGGUACUACGGGUUUAUUUGUGGGCGCUAGCCUCUUAAGUUUUGUGGAAAUCUUCUACUACAUUACCAUACGUCCCUAUGGUAGCAUGUUGUACGAGAAACGUUUAGUGCGUCAACAAUUACAACAAACUGCUUCCUAAUUGUGUCGGGGAAGGUGUGUAUGUGUGUUUGUGUUGUAAACUUAUCUCUAUGAUCUUGACUUUGUUUCUAUGUGUCGUUAACUUAGAGUGAUCUAGAUAAAAAGAUGUUUAUUUGCUUUAUGUGUUGAUAAAAUUCUGUAAUUGCAAUUAUCGUUGCGCAAAGAUAGCGAUA